AUGUCGCUUCCGCUGAAUGUCAUCCAGCUUGAGUGUGAAGCCGGGAGGUUUGAAAAAAAUGUGUGGACUAUGCUCGAUGAAUCAAUAAAUAAUCUUCGACGAAGCGAUGGUUCAUUUUCUCUAUUUAUGAUCUACCGGCCUUCUGAAACAAUUGUAGAUGGAAAAGAGCUCACGUUUCCGAUUUUGGGUUUAAUUCCAUUCCGAAAUGAAAGAGAUCCAAUGAACCUGGUUAGAAAUCAUGAAGAACGUGAAAUAUAUCCAUUGAUUCAAAAACUGGAAUAUCCUUCGAUCCCUUCGAUCGUGGGAGCGGGAAAAACGAUUGAUCAAGCACGUAUAAAUUUCGGUGAUACGAUAGAAAUCCAUUUCGAGACCAUUCCAUAUUUGAUCUAUCGAAUGAGAAUUCGGGAUAAAAUUGCUUCACAAUGGGUCAGUUGCGGAGUGGAAGGGAAUAUCGAUUAUUACAUCUGUUUUGCACAUCCGAAGAAACUGUUGCACUUUUUGGGUGAAAAAGAAAAAUCGCUUUAUGAACUGACUCAACAACGCUUUGGAAUUUUAGAUGAAAGUAUAUGUUGCAUUUGUAGUGAGAAUUUGAUUGACCACUCCUACAAGUGUGGUCACAUGGUUUGUUAUAAAUGUUUGCCCCGCCUACAAGGAAAAUGUCCAAACUGUCAACGGCAUGGUCCACAUUUUCGUGUACGUUAUUUAAGUUCUUGUUGUGUGAUCGAUGGUUGUUAUUUGGAGAAAGAGGGCAAACCUUUUUUGUGCACAUCCAUGCGGGUAAGUGCGUCUAUGGACAAUGUUUACCCACAGGGAAAAUUAAUAAGACGUAUUGGGCAUUCGAAGAUAAAGAUGAAAAAAGCAAUCGUUGGAAGCUCAAGGCAGAUCCGCAAACCGGCUUGCAUCCCGAAUGUCUUCGCUGUAAAAGAUGUGUUU